AUGGAGACCUAAGACAGUAUAAGAGUUUAGAGGAAUAAGUAUAUGGAGUAUAUAUAAGUGGAAAUAAGGAGACUCGGAUAGAUCAUUGGAGUUUGUGGACUUUGCUAUACUGGAGGGUAUCCUGGAAGUUUUGCUUUUAGCAUUGCCAAGUAAUCUUAUUAUGGGAAGCUCAUUUUUGAGUUAUUUAAAUAUAUCUGUAAGAAUUCCAAUUCAGAUUCGAUAUUUAGAUUUACAAAAGAUAUUGGGUAGAAAAAUCAGAUCAAUUCUAGCUUCAUUUAAAGGUUUCUGCGUUUAAUCUAGUUACAUCCUGAGGGCAAGGGACGAAGCAACUACAGCUAGUUAACAAUUUUGUUUAUAAGUUAUAUCGAGAGAUCUCUCAUUAAUAUAAAAAUGCAAAAAUCUCAUUCUCCAUAGCCUCGUCGUACAAACAGCAAAUAUUCAUCCUUUCCCUUCAAAUUGCCAAUGAAUAACCUUGCACUUCCUUUAACCAACAACCAUGUGCAAUCGGAUUAAGGAUAACAAUCAGGCAAAAAGAUUAAAUAGCUUUUGCAAGUGAAUACAAGGCCACUUAUCAAUCCGGCUAAAGUUCAAAUUGAUAUUGAAAAACUACAGAUUAUUAUGAAUGGGAAGUAUGAGAAAAAUAUCUCUAACACUUCCUAUUCGAUUUAGGUUGAAAAUACUCUCAAAGAAUUUCGAUCCAAAAUAGAUGAAUAAGAUAGCAUUAUUAGAUUACAGGAAUUCAAAAUUAAUAGAUUGCAAUAAGAACUCUUGUUCUCAAAAUAAUAAUAUUAACGCAUGAUGCAAAAAUUAACAUCACUUGAUGGUAAAUAUAACUAUUAUCCACAAUCAACUAAAUUAACAAAGUCAUAAAUUAGCAUGCCCUAAAUUGAAUAAGUGCCUUCAAUUAAUAAACUACUUCAAGUAGACAAUAAGAAAAAAAAAAAUAUACAAGAGAAAAUUUAAGGGCUUGUGUUAGAAAACAAAAAGUUAAAAGAUGAGGUUUAGAACAAAUUUAAGGAAGUAUUUCAACUUGUAAAUGAUUUUGCAAUGGCUGUAGUCUGUUAAGCAUCAUCUCUCUAUAUUUAAUAGAUACAAUCCAUCGAAUCAGUCUAUGAAAUGCAUAACAAUUUUACGAAAAAUGAUUAUCAAGGCAUGAGGGCGUAGUAUGAUAUUUUGAAUAGGGAAAUCCAAAUACUAGAGUAGUAGAAGGAAAUAUUAUAUGAUAAAGUAAUUUCAUUACUUUGA